AUGUGGAUGCAAGAAGCGCUUGAUCAUCUAGAUACAGAAACAAAUAAUACAUCAAUUAAUAAAAUUGAUAUAUUAGAUCAUCUUGCUUAUGCAACAUCACAGCAAGGAAAUGUUGAACAUGCAUUAGCAAUUACAAAAGAAAUGCUUACAAUUGCUCCGGAUCAUGCUCGUGCAAAUAAUAAUAAAGUUUAUUAUGAAUCUAUUAUUAAAAAUCGAACAUUAACGAAACAAAAACGAAAAGAUGAUAUAAAUAUGAAUGAUUUAACAAAUCUUAAAUUAAAGUCAAUAAUAUCAAAUGAUAAAAAUUAUACAAUAAAUAAUGAACGAUCAGAUGAUGAUUUAGAGGAACAAGAAUUAUAUGAAAAACUUUGUCGACAAAAUGGAGCUCAAUUAAAUCCAAAACAUCAAGCAAAAUUAUUUUGUCGUUACCGUCAUAAUAAUCAUCCAUAUCUAAUUUUAAAACCAAUUAAAGAAGAACAAUUAUUAGAUCAACCAGCUAUUUAUCUUUUUCAUGAUAUUAUGAGUGAUAAACAUAUUGAAGAAAUUAAAUCACUUGCUUUACCAAGAUUACAACGUGCCGUCGUUCGUGAUUCUGCUACUGAUACUUUUAAACCAGCUGAUUAUAGAAUUUGUAAGAGCGCUUGGUUAAGAAAUGAAGAUUCACCAGUAGUAGCUCGUUUAUCACGAUUGAUUGAAGCUGUUACAAAUUUAAGCAUGAUAACAGCGGAAGAUCUUCAAAUUGCAAAUUAUGGUGUUGGUGGUCAUUAUGAACCACAUUUUGAUUUUGCACGAAAAAUGGAAAAUGAUGCUUUUUCAGGCCUUGGUGUUGGAAAUCGUAUAGCUACAUGGUUGACUUAUUUGAGUAAUGUAGAAGAAGGUGGUGCAACUGUUUUUCCUUUAGUUGGUGGUCAUUUAAAACCGAAAAAAGGAAGUGCAGCAUUUUGGUAUAAUCUUCAUGCGUCUGGAGAAGGUGAUCGUAGUACUCGUCAUGCAGGUAGAGUUUUAGUUCUGAAUAUUUUUAUGUGCAUUGUUCUUUUUCCUUUAUCAGCUUGUCCUGUAUUGAUUGGUAAUAAAUGGGUAGCAAAUAAAUGGAUUCGUGAACGUGGCCAAGAAUUUCGUCGACCAUGUUCACUUGAUCCAAAGGCAUGA